AUGAUGAACCAAUUCAACCACCGUGGCCUAACCAAGCUCAGCCGCACAUACGGUGGAUUACUUCACCUCCGCCUCGGACUUUCCCAUCUUUUCGUAGUUUCUUCUCCUCAAAUCGCACGUCAAGUCCUCCAAGUUCAAGACCAGGUUUUCUCAAACCGUCCAACCACAAUAGCAAUCCGUUACUUGACCUACGGGCAAUCCGACCUAGCAUUCUGCAAUUAUGGCCCAUUCUGGCGUAGGAUGAGGAAACUCUACGUCAUGAUGCUCUUUAGCCGUAAACGGGCCGAGUCGUGGGCCACUGUCGACGAAGAGGUCCACAAAGCGGUCCGUUUAGUAGCUUCCAAUGUCGGAAAACCACUAAACGUAUGCAAAGUCGCAUUCUCAUUGACAAGAGACAUAACGUUCCGAGCAGCGUUCGGCUCCUCGUCUUCCACUUCUGACGAAGGUAGACUAGAGGAGUUCCUUGAGAUCAUACAAGAGUUCUCUAAGCUCUUUGGUGAGUUUAAUGUAGCGGAUUACGUCCCUUCCUGGGUUAGUUGGAUCGACCCGCAAGGGAUAAACAAACGGGUCGAGAAAGCCCGAAAGUCUUUAGACUGUUUCAUUGAAUCAAUCAUCAACGAUCACUUACACAAGAAGAAGACAAAAGACAACGUUGACGGGGAGACCGAUAUGGUUGACCAGUUACUUGCGUUCUACGAAGAAGAAGUCAAAGUCAACGACUCGGAGACCAAAAUCAAUCUCGAUAACAUAAAGGGUAUCAUCAUGGAUGUGAUGUUCGGAGGAACAGAGGCGGUGGCUCUAGCAAUCGAGUGGGUCUUAACGGAGCUACUCCGGAGCCCCGAGAACAUGAAACGGGUCCAUGACGAGCUAGCGACUGUGGUAGGGCUUGAGCGGUGGAGCGUGGAGGACAAGCAUCUCGAGAAGCUCACUUUCCUAAAAUGUGUACUCAAGGAGACUCUCCGGCUCCACCCGCCGUUCCCUCUCCUCCUCCACGAGACGGUGGAAGACGCGGAGGUCGCCGGUUACUACAUUCCCAAGGGAUCACGUGUGAUGGUCAACACCUACGCUCUCGGGCGUGACCCGGAUUCGUGGUCCGACCCGGAAAUAUUCAACCCGAGUAGGUUUUUGGAUCCUGGUGCUCCGGAUCUCAAAGGCAACAGUUUCGAGUUCAUUCCGUUCGGGUCGGGUCGGAGAUCGUGUCCGGGUAUGCAACUCGGGUUGUACGCUUUUGAGCUUGCUGUGGCUCAUCUUCUACACUGCUUCACGUGGAGAUUACCGUACGGCGUGAAAUCCAGAGACGUCGACACGGUUGAAGGGUCUGGUCUCACUGUCCGUAAGGCGAACUCUCUUGCGGCUGUGCCGACAACGCGUCUCCAGUGUCCCAUUGUCUUUUAG